UAUAAAAGCCCGCGUCGUCGAUACCCGCGGAAGAACAGACCGGAAUUCCAUGUACACCCUCUCAUCAGUCGUCGCGAGGACCUGUAACAAACCAACGGAAAAUAACGCACAUCGCCGCAGAACGACCGUGUCACGCGAAUGUGUAAUUAAAACCAAGUGAAAAUGCUGCGGCAAGAAUGGCUCUUGAUUUUGUUAAUCGUGGGAACGACCACGGCGGUGACGCCCGCGGCCUACCAAGCGAAGGUGGAGAGGUUGAAGAACGUUCUGGACGCCAUCGCGAGGAAGCUACGGUACCUGGACACUAACUCGCAAGAAUAUUACAAUGAUCUGCGAUCCUUCAAGCUCCACGAUGGCGAGGGGGAUAGAAAGUUCGACAGAGAGCGGCCGAGCGACAGGGAAAUUGACGUGGAAGACGAGGAGAUCGAAUUCUUGCCAAACGAAGUUGGACAGCGCGAAACGGUGGGAAACGGUUUCCAGGACUUACAUAACAAACUGCUAGAGAGAGCGAUGCAAGAUUACAUGGAAAGCGUCCCGCAACAGGAGGAACCAGUCACUUCGCUGUUCAGAGAACGCGAGAGGAGCUCCAACCGUCGCAAGAGGGGUGGCGGUAACGAACGACUGAACAUCGACAGCAAGGAGUUGGGGAAACUGUUUUUGGAGGAGCUGCAGGGCCGUUCGCCGUACGGUCUCGGGGACAUGGACGACGAAGUGUACACGGAUGCUCGUCAGAUGCUUUACGAUCGAUACAGGGGCGAUCGGGGCAACAACAAACUUUACGAAAACGUGGGCCCCAUGUCCUGGGGCGAAUUGCUGAACAAGCAGUCUUUGAUUCGAGGGCAAGGUCGAGAGCCAGACGAGAACGAAUUCGCUGACCGAGAACAGGAUCCCAAUUUGCUGUACCUCUCUCUGGCCGAACGGAGAAACGUGAACGGGAGAUAUCCGAUUGGACGGGAUUUCAAGACCUACCAGAACAUGGCCAAACGAUACCCUGUCGCUAAGAGGAGCGCAAAACCAUUAUCGACCAAGAAACAAGUCACGGACCCCAAGGUCGCGCAAGAUCUAGGCGCGUUGUUUGGCACGCAAUCCACCGACGGCCAUAACCGUACUCACGGCCACGAUCACGAGCACGAGCACGAGCACGACCAUGACCAUGACCAUGUCCAUGAUCGUGACCAUGACCAUGAUCAUGAUCACGAUCACGAACACGAUCACGAACACGAACACGAACACGGGGAGCAACAUAUGCAGGAGAGCACUUCCGAGGCGCCGAAUGUGACCCCGUCGCCUAAAGGACAGAAGACCGACAAAUUAAAACCCAUCGAGAUAAAAAAGAAGAGCAUCGAUUGGUCGCAAUAUUUCGGCAUAGACCGGAGGAGAAAGAAGGUGGCAGCCAUGUUGGAACGAUACUUCGUGAACCAGGGAUAUAAUCUAAGGGGGAACGAUCGAGAGAACGAAGAGCUGAACUACGAGACAGACGAUAACUUAGAACCGAUGCGCUCCAGGCUGAAGAACGUUGGCGACAGAAUCGUUCAGAUCGCACUGAAAAACCCCGACUUGGACGAUGAUGUUUUGCAGAAGGACCGCGGCGACACGAAUUGAAGAGAGACGCAAGACGUGGGACGCGGAGUGAUAGGAGUGGGCGUGGCUGACCUGCUUAUAAGUGGGGGAACCAACUGACUAGCGGUAAGAGUGGUAAAACACGAUCGAGGAAGAUGUUCGACAGCCCUAAUCUAGACUGAAGAAACAACGGUGGAACCUUUCGUCAUUAGCAACAGAUAAAUAAAGAAACUUGGAGAAAUAUUUCGCAAAAGGCAGCAAAUUUUUCCAACACAAACAAAAUGUUAUAAAUUAAUAAAUUUCCCUUCAUUGAUCAUUUUCUGUUUAUCUCAUCGUUGUUUCACUAUUUGCGCAAAUCGCUCGACGGAUAUGAAUUGUUCGUAAUCAAGGUCACGCGAUUCGUCUUGAAAUCAGUUAUUAUGCAAUAAUGAUAAAAAACCUAAACCUCGAUGACCUUGAAAAAAAAUUGUUUGCUGU